AUGCGGGGCGGGCGGUGCUGGCUGCUGCUGGCAGCGCUGGGGUGGCUGCUGCCGGCGGGGGCCGCGGCCAGCGGCGAGUACUGCCACGGCUGGCUGGACGGGCAGGGUGGCUGGCGGGACGGCUUCCAGUGCCCCGAGCGCUUCGACGGCGGCGACGCCACCAUCUGCUGCGGCAGCUGCGCCCUCCGGUACUGCUGCUCCAGCGCCGAGGCGCGCCUCGACCAGGGCGUCUGCGACAACGACCGGCGGCAGGGCGGCGGCGAACCGGGCCGCCCCGGCAAGGACGGCCCCGACGGCGCGGCAGUGCCCAUCUAUGUGCCCUUCCUUAUUGUUGGAUCUGUAUUUGUCGCCUUCAUCAUCUUGGGGUCACUGGUGGCAGCUUGCUGUUGCAGAUGCCUGCGGCCCAAGCAGGAGCCCCAGCAGAGCCGAGCCCCUGGAGGCACCCGCCUGAUGGAGACAAUCCCCAUGAUCCCAAGUGCCAGCACCUCCCGGGGCUCCUCUUCCCGACAGUCGAGCACCGCCGCCAGUUCCAGCUCCAGUGCCAACUCGGGGGCCAGAGCCCCCCCUACCAGGUCCCAGACCAACUGCUGUUUGCCAGAAGGGACCAUGAAUAAUGUCUAUGUCAACAUGCCGACAAACUUCUCGGUGCUGAACUGCCAGCAGGCGACCCAGAUUGUGCCGCACCAGGGGCAGUACCUGCACCCCCAGUACGUGGGCUAUGCCGUGCAGCAUGACUCGAUGCCGCUGACCCCAGUGCCUCCCUUCCUCGAUGGUUUGCAGGGUGGCUACAGGCAGAUCCAGUCCCCCUACCCACACACCAACAGCGAACAGAAGAUGUAUCCAGCUGUGACUGUGUAGUGCUGACACCUUCCUCCCCCUCCCUGCCUGACAGAUUUUUGAAUAUCUAAACUGAUUGGAGGAGAAAUACUUCCUCGGAAUGAAGCUCCCAGAACAUCGCAUGUAAAUAAUUUUGAAAGGCUUAUGCAUGUCAGACAGUGUUUAUAAACCAUUUAUUUUCAUCGGGGUCCGUUGCCAGGAACUGUAGGAUGAUAUCUCUGAAUUAACGUUUCCAGAUACGCUCUCAUUCCAGUGCAUGAUUUACAGCAGCAAAGGAUUAUGCUGAAAAUGCACUUCCCAUCACUGUACUUGCAAGAUAAAUGCCGGAGCCAGUAAGUGCCCUUCAGGUAUGACAUGGUCAGAAGUAUUUGCCUAAUUAAUUUGUAGAAAGAGUUUGGUUACACUGCACAAGACCGCAGUUCUUAAACCUUUUUUUCUCCCAGCUCCUUAAAGAUGUUUCCCGUUGCUUUACAGACAAUCACAACCAAGAGCUGAAUGGUGCAAUCUCUGCAUGCCAGGUGCUGGUAUGAGCCCUCAUGGCUUCUUAUGCACCUCCAGUUUUGGGGUGAAAUGCCACAAAAGGCUUAGUCUUGUCCCUGGUAUUUAUGUAGGAAUUAGAAGAGUGAAUUAUUUGGGUCUUCCUUUCAGUGCACUUGAAACCCUUCUUGAUUUGGUUUUGCCUCAAGAUCAGGACCCAAUAGUAGUUUGCACAGACUUUAUCUUUGUGAAUUUUUUAACUAAAAACAGGGUACGAGGUGCUUGCUCUUCCUGCUGCUCAGCAAAGCUUUCGGUACAGCUAGCAGCAUCUGAGCUGAAGCUGCCUUUGCAGAGAAAGGUUGUACUGUGACUCCUAAUAUUCCUGAUUUAACCUCGCUUCCCAUGAAACAGGAAGCUCGUGUGAAUGUGCACAAAGGUGUCAGCCCCUUCUUGUGAUUGAGUCUGGCUGCAGGAAAAGGGGCUUUGUCCCCUUGCCAGUCCACUCUGAGUCCUCAGCCCCGCUCCAUGGGGAGUUGUCACACAAAGCUGCCCCAACUUGGAUAUGGAGGGGCUGGAAGGGGUUUGAAACCCACCCCCUUCGCUUCUUUGUCUAUGGGGCAGAAGACUAGGAAGGCAUAGCUGUAUUUAAAAAAAUUUUUAAAAUAUUAAAAAAAAAAAGCCCAACCAAAGGAUGGAGGUGUUGGGGGCUCCCUGGGAUGCCAGGGAGGUGUGAUGCAGGGAGGGACACUGCACUGGAGCUGCUGGCUCCAUCUGGCUUUGCUUCAUCUGGGGAAAAAAUGCCUCUCCAGGUUGAAGAGGCAACAGUGUGCUGAGAAUAUGGGAAUAAUCAGACUGAGCUAAUUGUUACAUAUCACCUCAGAUGCAACAAGCCGUUUAAGGCUGGUUUGGGCUCUUAAAAACAUAGUCUGCAUUUGCAUCUGUUUGUUCUUCAGCCAAAGCACCCCAACAGAGGACUGAGGAUGCAUACCAAACCGGGCAGUUACUGUAACCAGACCAGAACUAAUGAACCUUUUCUUAUUGUCUUGAUACUGUAUCAGUAUGUAGCAAUAACUGUGAUACUACUAUUUUUUAUAUGUCUGUUUUUAAAUUACAUGUACGUGCAAAAAUAUUGCCAAAUCCAAUGGUUUACUUGUCAUCAUGCCACACACAGGCAGUCUGCAGCAGGCAGAAAUGGUUUGACCACUGACACAGGGAAAUGAAUAGGUAAUUUAUCCCAGAUCUGCUGUUCCUGGCUGCAAUUGCCCUCUCAGCAUGUAGGACCUGGACAGAAAGAUUGGCUUACAUGACCUGGCUUCACCUCCAGCCAGGCUGGGUGGUUUUGGCACAGAAGCAGCAGGAGGUGGUGGGUGACAGCUCUGCUCUACCUGCACAGCUCUGUGCAUCUUUGAAAGCAGUGGGUGCACAGUAGCUGGGUGCUGCUGGGCUUUUGAAGGACCUGGCAUGUGCUCAGGUCUUGUGGGGAUUUAGAUAUCUAACUGCUUUGUCACACUGACCUUAUGAAGCUGAGUUGACAUUAGGCAUGGGGGGUUUGAAUGCCUUCAGCUGCUGCCUGGUGGCUGCAGCAGGAGCUGGAGGUGGUUGACCCCAGGUGGGACCCAGCCUGUUGGUGCAUGGCCAGGCAAAUCCAUCCAUGUGCUUGUGAUCUUUCCCAGCUGUGAAUCAAGUCAGCUCUUGCCCCCUGCCAGCAUGCACUGCCUGCCUUGCACAUGACCUGGCAAGGCCACCUCUCUGACCUAUGAAAUUCAGGUGAAUCUCUUUGUAUAUUGUUUACUUGUUUUUUUUUUUAAAAGAAUAAGUUAAAUUUAAGUCUGUAGAAAUUGAUUUACAGCUGAAGGCAGAGAAACCUGAGUUGUAAUGAAAGGAAGCUUGUGAGAUGUUUGGUUUUCUUUUUUAAUGUCCUGUACAAUAAUGUAAAACCAAUGUUACCAUUUGAUACAGCUUUUAAAUCUCAAAAAGGGCACUUGCUUUAAAGUGUUUCUUACAAAUGA